GUAAGGCUCUCAGUAACCUCAAAACAUCUCUUCCUCUCUGAGACACAGAGAGAAAGAGAGCAAGUUAUCGUGCUGGAAUUCAGUUCACCGAUACUGAAUACUUCAUCUAACGGAUUAAAAAACUGAAAUUAAUUGAGCUCUAAUAUCUGCUGUAUGACUAAGAAGACAUCACCAUGAGUAAAUCAAGAGACAGCAGCCCCACAUUCUUCCUGGAGACGGAUGACCAGACACAGGAGCAAAGGGAAAAGGCCAAACAGACGAAGAAAGGUGUCUUAAAGGACAAGAGGCCCAUGGAUUCUAAUUACCUGGAUGAGACAGAUGACCCUGCACACAAAAUUAAAUUUAACCUACACUUUGACAGGGGGAUCAGAAAAGUGAAAGAGGAACCGUCUCAGCAGGACAGUGAGAGGUUUACCCUCAAGAGGUUGUUUGAUGCCGUGUCCAGUGGUGAUGUGUCUAAACUGCAGGGUUUACAUCAGUACCUGCACAAAAACAUGAAACGGCUCACUGACUCUCAGUAUAAGUCCAAUGGAAAGACAGCCCUGCUGAAAGCACUUUUAAAUUUAAGGGAAGGCGAGAAUGACACUAUUGAACAUCUGCUGGAAAUUGCAGAGAAACUUGGAGAUUUAAAACAUUUUGUCAAUGCUGCUUACACAGACAGUUUCUACAAAGGUCAGACAGCACUCCAUGUUGCAAUUGAACGGAGGAGUGCAAAAUUUGUACAGAUGCUGGUUAAGAAAGGGGCUGAUGUCCAUGCUAAAGCCUGUGGGAAAUUCUUUCAUCCCAAUCAAGAGACUUGUUUCUAUUUUGGUGAGCUGCCCUUGUCGCUGGCCGCUUGCACUAAUCAGCCAGACAUUGUGGACUUCCUUCUGAACAACCCUUACCAGGCGGUGGAUGUCAGGGAGAGGGAUUCUCAUGGAAACACAGUGCUUCAUGCAUUAGUAUCCAUAGCUGAUAACAGUCCUGAAAACACAGAGUUUGUCAUCUCCAUGUAUGACCACAUCUUAUUCAAAACUGACCAACUUCACCCCAAGAUCAAGCUGGAGGAAAUUGAAAAUAAUGAAGGAUUCAACCCACUCACACUUGCUGCCAAAACUGGAAAACUGGGGCUGUUAAAGCACAUCGUGCAGCGGGAGUUUAAGGGGCGGCGACAUCUGUCACGGAAGAUCACGGAGUGGGCCUACGGUCCAGUGUGCUCGUCUCUGUAUGACCUCGCCUCUCUCGACACCUACGACAACAACUCCGCGCUGGAGAUUAUCGUUUAUGGCAGUGAGAUUCCUAAUCGCCUCGAGAUGCUCCGUAUUGAGCCCUUCAACCAUCUAAUUGAAGAGAAGUGGCAGAGAUUUGCGAAACGGAUGUUCAUGUUCAACUUUAUCGUUUAUGUUAUCUACCUUUUCACCUUCACUGCAGUAGCUUUUAACCGAGAAGCAGGGAAGGACAUUAACAACAGCCAAUCAAUAAAGCCUCCAUAUCCUUAUAGAAAAGGUAGCGAAGGCUAUCUGCUUCUGACGGGACACAUCAUAACUACCAUUGGAGCACUUUACUUCUUUAUUAGAGGGUUAAUAGAUAUGUUAAGAAAGCGUCCAGGAUUUCAGUCCCUGUUCAUAGAUGGAUACACCGAUCAACUUUUUUUUCUACAGGCUGUGCUCUUCCUGGCUGGUGCUCUACUGUACUGCUUUGGCCAUGAUGGAUAUGUGGCCUGUCUAGUUUUGUGUCUUGCCUUGAGCUGGGUAAAUCUACUUUACUUUUCCAGAGGGUCCAAAAAUAUGGGAAUCUACAGUGUCAUGAUGCAAAAGAUGAUUCUUGGAGAAAUCCGUCGAUUCCUUGUCGUGUACUUGGUCUUCCUCAUUGGUUUCUCCGCAGCUGUGGUAACUCUCUUUGAUGAUCGACCUAGUAAGGGACGGUCUUUAUUCCUUCCUAUUAAUGGAAAUGAAAACUGUAAAAAGCCCACAUUUCAGGGCAUCUACUUCACCACUCUGGAGUUGUUCAAGUUUACGAUUGGCAUGGGAGAUCUGGAGUUCACCGAUCAAUAUCGAUACAUAGAGGUCUUCUAUGUGCUGCUGAUUCUGUAUAUAGUGAUGACUUACAUUUUGAUGCUGAACAUGCUGAUCGCUCUGAUGAAUCAAAGAGUGGAGGAGAUGUCCGUAGAGAGCACCAACAUCUGGAAACUACAGCGUGCAAUCACCACCUUGGACAUGGAGUGGAUACUUCCCCGCUGCCUGAAGACAAGGCUGCGCUCCGGGAAACAAAAGGACAUAGGCGGGGGGCAGGAGCCUGAUAUACGCUGGUGCUUUAGUGUGGACGAAGUCAACUGGAACCAAUGGAACAGAAACCUGGGUGUAAUUACCGAGGACCCUGGGAGACACCUGUCUGUACCUUCCUCAACUAAACUUCAGAAAGAGCUCAGCCAGCGUGGACUCAUGCAAACGUUCAGUAAACGCUGGACACAGACACAACAACACAGAGAUGUCCAGGAGCUGAGUCCUCUAGCUGAGGAAUCUACCUCUGUCUGAUGCUUUUAUAAUCCAUAAUCUAUUUCAAUCUGUUUUGCAAUUACCUUUUAUUCUAAAUGUAGGAAUAAUUACAUAUUAUGUCUUGUUAAAACUUGACUGUGGUUAAUUUAUGAAAACACAAAUAUUAUACACUUCAAGGGUCAUUGCUGUUAUGCAUCAUAUCAUUUGAACUGUAAUGUUUAAAAAAAUGAUUAUGCAUGUGUUGUAAUUUAUGAAAGCAUUUAUAUACCAUAUUAUACAUAGUUAAUUCUUUUUUUAUCGAGUUAGAGUUGCUAUAUUUUAAUAAUCUUUUUGAUUGAAAUUUUUAUAUCACACUAUAAUGUUUUUAGUUUGAUCAAACAGGAUGUUUUAGGCAUAAACAAUGUCAUAAAACUAAAUUUGUGUCAAACUGUCAAGGAAGGUUUUUUCUUGGUAACUAUUUUUAAUAAUAGUUGGUUAUUGUGCCUUACCUCA